ACCGCGUGACAUGCAGGUAUGGCGGUUGCCAUAGCUGCCUAGUACACACACACGCCGAGAACAUGGAGUACAGCACAGCCGCUCGUUUUCACGACUCCAUAAUCCAGUUUAAAACCUACGACGAUUAUCUGGACUCCAAAGUCACGCCAAUGGAUGUAUUUUACUUAAAAAGCAGGGAGUUGGCUCGUGAGCUGGUGGAGCACGGCCACAAGGGCACGGUCCUGAGCAGGGAGGAAUUUGAGGAGAAGAAAGCAGCUGCGCAGGCGGCAGAGGCUACGAAGAGCAACACUUUGUUCAACAGGAGCCGGCCAAUGACACUGGCAAGUGCAGGAAAAGAACUCAAAGAUAACUUCCUGAAAGCCCUGGCAGAGCGAGAGGAGGCCAACCGCAGUGGGAAAAUGACUUCGGUCAUUUUCAUAAGGGAUCAUAAUACUCUUGGACAGGAAGUGUCUGGCUAUAUAGACUACGCCCACAGACUCAAGACCCAAGAUUUUGAACCAUAUUUCAGCGGAAAGAAGAGGCUCAUGCCAGGACGCUCGGAUUUAUGCUACUACAACUGGAAGACACAGGUGUCCACGUCCAACUCGAGCCCCAACUUUGAGGUGAUUUACGACGACCCUAACGGCCUUCUCUUUAAGAAUAAGAGGGACAAAAAGAUCCUGAAUGUGGACCCUUUGUCUGGACCCGGUGAGGACUCCAACAGGACAUUCCUACAGUCGGACCUCUACAUCCAUGUCGUCAUCUACGACCACAACAUCAGGACAGUCUAAGCUUCAGAGGCUGCUGCCGACACGUUCAUACAUAUGGCACAUAUUGGAGGGCACUGGAAGCCUCUAAUUUGACUGAGUUGCUGUAGUUGCACCAUCAUUUACAAACUGUUCCCCUCAUAUCAUGCAUACCAUCUGGGUGGAGGUGCUGCAGUAAAAAAAAAGGCUUUAAACGGAGGAUUCCCAGAGGAAGAAGUGGGUGGACUGGUGUGACAACUUCACUGUUUCCUUCAGCUUGGAGAUGUUAUAUGCUACUUCAGAUUUUGUGACGUUAUCUGUUAUAGUCUUCUUAUUUUAGAGUUUCCUAAUUCUUUUUUCUUCCAUGCUGUUAGUGAAGACCAAGGCCGAGUUUGGCUCAGUUUGUUUGGCAGCAGUCUUUUACUUAGGGGCAGGAACCUGCUCGGGGACCCCGGACUCGCUCCAUGGUUUGGCAUUGGCAUGUUUUGAGCUGUUUGUCUAAACAAAUUAAAGGCGUAAGAGCUUUGAAAGAUGAUGGGGGUUGCUUUUAUGUCCUCCCCCAGGCUGCGGUAGCUCCAAUUGGACUGGAAGAAUGGGUAAUGGGCUUAAAGCAUUCCGCAUGUUCCCAGAUGCAAGGCACACUUUACAGGACAUCAAAGUGCUCUAUCAUUUACAUAUUAGUCAUUCACUAUGACAUUUUUUUAAUGGGAGACAACUCUACAGCUCCACUUCUUUAGAAAUGAUUCAGGAAGUACAGAUGAAUUUUAGCAGCCAAUUCCCUUUUAAUCUCUGGAUUUUAGUUUUUUGUUUUUGAAACAUGGUAGGAAUCUGUUCCACCACAAGUAACAUUAUCUAUGUCUAAAAGCUAACGAAUUACAGGACCUUAGUUAUUUGUUCAGAAAUGAUUUUCUGUAGUCUCACCAGACAACUCAUCCAUUUAGUCAUAAAGAAACAUCCUGCACAUGUAGCUGAUGUGUGUGGGGGGAUUUUUGUACAUUUCUAACCGUGGAGUGUUGUAUCCACUUUUAUCAGCAGUGCACUUGUUCCACAUUUUUCCAAAAUGCUGUUAAAUUAAAAUGUCAAAUAUCGGUAUAGAAAUUUAUUUUCUUAUGAUGAUAUCACUUAAAAUCACUUUCCACUGGAAAAGUAAUAGUGUUUAAAAGAAUAGUUUGACAUUUGUUUGGAAGAUGUGCUUAUUUGUUUUCUGAGAGUUAGAUGUCUUUACAGUUAAUAUGAAAACACAGUUAGCUUAGCUUAGAAUAACUGGAAACAAGGGAAAAUUAGCCUCUUCAUAAGUAACAAAAUCCUCCUACUGACACCUCUAAGACUUACUGAUUAACGUUUUAUAUCUUCUUUGUGUAAUGCAUACAAAAAAGAUGUGGUUUUACAGUGUGUUGUGUUUUUUAACUUUUCGACGGAGCUAGGCUAGCUGUUUCCCCCGGCUUCCAGUCUUCACGUUAAGCUAAGCAAACGAGCGGAUCUCCCUAACUUCCCUAACUAAUCCGACGUGCAUUCGUUCCUUCUGCAUCCAUUCUGCUGAAAUUUAUUUCUGAAAGUUACAAGGUUCAAACAAAUUAGUCCAUUCUAACACAAACCUCUUAAUGUGUCUCAGCCUCUCUGAUACCAGAGCAGCAUCUGUUUGUCUGUUCUGACUGAAUUGGACCCUGUUGGCCUCAUUGAAACAAUAUGUGCGGUGACACGGGGAUAUGGGUUCUGGUUCUGUGAAAGCAGGGGUUUGAGGGAUGAGGGUCAGGUUUCGGGUUUUCUUAGUUAGUGGGGGUUUUUGUUUGUUUUUUAAGAAGACAUGAGUUCUGGGCCUGCUUUGGGGUGAUAAUGAACAAAGUUUGUGAGAGCCUUAAGAAGUUAAAAAAACUUUUUCUGUCUCCCAAAUGUAUUUUUUGUUGUUGUACAUCUUUAAAUCUAUUUUUUAAAUGUCUAUUUAUAGCUUUUUAUGAUGAACCGAGCUCUGAAAAACAGGUUUUUUUCCUCACUACUGUUUCAACAAAACACACUGUACUAACGAGGAUUAGAAGCACAAUCAGAUCUGACUGAAGGAUCGUGUUGGGAACAUCAUUUCUUCCUUAACCGCUCAGGUUUAACCGCAAGACGAGGACUGUGGCAAUCACUGACCCAUCCACCUGACUGUCUCACUGUCUGCCCUUCUUUAUUUUUGGGGGUGUUGGAAGUAAGAACUCAAACUGGCCGGGAAGCAAAUGAACAGUUCACCUGUGUCCACAGCUGUUUAUAGGCCACAGCUCAUUCACGCAGCUCGGUGAUAGUCACUCCAGUGUAGACAGACAGUGCUGAAUACCAGCAGAAGCAUUUGGUCUCACCUCUGUGGAAGAAAAAAACCAAGUUAGUGGACCUCACCCAGACAGAUCAUGUGUCAGUAAACAGUAAUGAUUUCACAAUAAAGUCUAAUUUAAA